AUGCAUAGCAUGCAGGCUCAGUACAUUGAGAAGACCGUUCUAAUGUCCCAUCGUGUGUUUUGGAGGAGGCGUCAGUUUCGUGGUGAUGAUAUUGUUUCAAGUGUUGUAACAGAUGAUCUUUGCGACGAAAGCCCUCGACACCACGAUGGCGUUUGCAGAAAGUACAUGGAUACUGGGGGAGAUCAGUCCCAAAAUUCUUGA